UAUUGAAUAGUAUGCUACGUCCAGACUAAAAUAUAUCAUACAAGUCUAUUUUUAAUGUAUCUAAUUCAAUUGUUUUAAUUUGUAUUUUAGUCUUUUAAUGGCACGGGGAACAAGAAAACUAAAAGAGUUUGUUUCAACGAAAUUUCAAAUGGACCUGUGCAAAAAAAAACAAAAUCUAUUACAAAAAGUCACAAUCUCAAGAAAAAAUCAAAGAGUAUUGUUAUGGAAGAAAAAAAUACUAAGAAAAAUCAAUUUGAAACGAAAAAAAGCAAAAAUGAGAUAAAUAAAAUGAAAUCUAGUAAUAAAGCUACACUCGUCGAAUUAAAAGAAGCUCCAAGUACAAGUUCAAACACAAAAAUCGAAACAGUAGAAUCCGAAGACGUUACACAACAAGUCACCGAAACAACUGUACAAAACUCACCUAAUUUACUAGAUAACAAUGAAGGAAGACUUACUGAAAGUGCUAUACUUGAAGCGGUAAACCACGCUGAAAAGACAAGUAGGAUACAUAAUACGAUUGUAAAAAUGAGAAACCGUCGUCCUUCAUGUAUCAUCCGUGCAUAUUAUCAACGUCCAUCAAAUUCCAAUAAGUACAAAAGAAAAUUAUCCGAUGUUAAAGAAGUGCUAAAUAAUUAUCUAAAGCGUUUUAAGCCUUCAUAAAUAAAUAAAUAAAUAAAUCUUACUGUUUUUAAUUUUUAUAUAUUCUAUUUAUA